AUGGCAGUCAAUGAAAGUAACCAAAGCUUCAAGCUUGAAAACCUGUUCAAUGUGAAGGACAAAGUGGCCCUCGUCACAGGCGGUGGCUCAGGAAUCGGUCUCAUGGCAGCGCAAGCCUUAGCCGUGAAUGGAGCCAAAGUAUACAUAACCGGGCGCACAGCAGAGAAACUCGACCGCGUCGCCACACUCUACGACAACGGCAACAUAAGCGGCAAAAUAAUCCCGCUGCCAGCCGACGUCACCAAGAAAGACGAGAUCCGCAGACUAGCCUCGGAGAUCUCCACGCGCGAAGGCCACCUCUCCAUCUUAAUGAACAACGCCGGAAUAUCCAGCUCAACGCAAAAGACAGAGCCCGAAGACGCAUCCGAGCUCCGUGAGUCCCUCUUCGACGACCCAGCUGCGACAUUCGAGGAGUGGGACUCUGUGUUCCGCACGAACGUCUCACAGCUCUUCUUUAUGACCACGGCAUUCCUGCCGCUGCUACAGCGUGGCUCCGAGGUCGAACAUGGUUGGUCCAGCACGGUGCUCAAUACGACUUCCAUAUCUGGGAUUGUGAAGGUCUCGCAGCACCAUUUUGCCUAUAAUGCUUCCAAGGCGGCGGCGAUUCAUUUGACAAAGAUGCUUGCACAGGAGGUUAGUUCGUCGAAGCUGCGGGUUCGGGUUAAUAAUAUUGCCCCUGGGGUUUUUCCUAGUGAGAUGACUGCUGGGGAGAGUGAUGGAAUGCAGAAGAGUCAUCUUCCGGUUAAAAAGUAUCGGGAGAAGGUUCCUGCUGCACGGCCUGGGAGGGAUGCGGAUAUGGGUGGUGCUGUGCUUUUUGCGGUUUGCAAUCAGUACCUGAACGGGCAGACUGUUGUUGUUGAUGGGGGGUACGUUCUUGCUGCCGGGACUCUGUGA